CAGUCAGUCAGUCAGUCGGUCAAGGCAGGAAGGAAGGAAGGAAGGGAAAGAGGGAGGCCGAGGCGAAGAGCGCGCCUUCUCCCAGAGAUGUCGGCCGCGGAGGAGAGCGAGGGCGCGGCCCGGCCCCACUAUGGCUCGGUGCUGGACAACGAGCGGAUGACGGCGGAGGAGAUGGACGAGCGGCGCCUGCAGAACGUGGCCUACGAGUACCUCUGCCACCUGGAGGAGGCCAAGCGGUGGAUGGAGGCCUGCCUGAACGAAGAGCUGCCCCCAACCACGGAGCUGGAAGAGGGGCUCCGGAACGGGGUCUACCUGGCCAAACUGGGCAACUUUUUCUCCCCAAAGGUGGUGUCUCUCAAGAAGAUCUAUGAUCGGGAGCAGACCAGGUACAAGGCCACAGGCCUCCACUUCCGGCACACCGACAAUGUGAUCCAGUGGCUGAACGCAAUGGCGGAGAUUGGCCUUCCCAAGAUAUUUUACCCAGAAACGACGGACAUCUACGACCGGAAGAACAUGCCGCGCUGCAUCUACUGCAUCCAUGCGCUCAGCCUGUACCUGUUCAAGUUGGGCCUGGCGCCUCAGAUCCAGGACCUGUAUGGCAAAGUGGACUUCACAGAGGAAGAGAUCAGCAACAUGCGGAGUGAGCUGGACAAGUAUGGGAUUCAGAUGCCGGCCUUUGGCAAGAUUGGUGGGAUCCUGGCCAACGAGCUUUCGGUGGACGAAGCUGCAUUGCAUGCGGCUGUCAUCGCCAUCAAUGACGCCAUCGAGCGCCAGGUCCCGGUGGACACUUUGGCUGCCAUGCGGAACCCCAACGCCAUGCUGGUGAAUCUGGAAGAACCCCUGGCCCCAGUUUACCAGGAGACCCUCUACCGGGCCAAGCAGAACAAGAUGGAGAACGCGCGGAAUAAGAUUGCUGCUGAGGAUGCGGCGAGAGAAAGGGACGUGUAUGAGGAGCUGCUGACGCAAGCCGAGAUCCAGGGCAACGUCAACAAGGUCAACACGCAUUCGGCUUUGUCCAAAAUCGACUUGGCUCUGGACCAGGGAGAUGCGGAGGCUUUGUUCCGGGCACUAUCCUCUGCGUCUCUGGGCCUCCGGGGCCUGAAACACGAACACAGCGAUUGGUACCUCAAGCAGCUCCUGAGGGAGAGGGAGCUGAAACAGGAGGAUGGCCGAGGAGGGGGGCCUCUGCAGAAGGAGGAGCUGCAGGCCGGGGUGGAGACUGCCAAUGGCUCUGCCCAGCAGUACCAGCAAAGGCUGGCGGCCGUACGGCGGAUCAAUGUGGCCAUCCACAACGGCCUUCCCGAGAAGACAGUGGUGGAGCUGAUGAACCCGGAGGCUCAGCUGCCUCCGGUCUACCCCUUUGCGGCUGAUCUUUACCAGCGAGAACUGGCCACCCUCCAGCAGCAGAGCCCAGAUGGGAAACUUACCCACCCGGAGCUGUCCGUGGCAGUGGAGAUGCUCUCCUCCGUGGCCUUGAUCAACCGUGCCCUGGAUGCCGGGGACGUCGACAUGAUCUGGAAGCAGCUGAGCAGCCCAGUGACAGGACUCACCAACGUCGAGGAUGAAAACCUCCAGAGAUACAUUGAAGAGUUGAUGCGGCUGAAGGCCGAGGCGCAGGCCGAAGGGACGGAUUUCAUCACGUGGAACGACAUCCAGUCAUGCGUCGACCGUGUGAACGUUGUGGUUCAGGAGGAACAUGAGCGGAUUUUAGCGAUUGGGGUCAUCAACGAGGCUUUGGACGAUGGAGACGCCAAAAAGACUCUCCAGGCCCUUCAGAUCCCUGCGGCGAAACUAGAGGGAGUGACGCCCAGAGUAGCGCAACACUACCAGGAUGUGCUGCUCCGAUCCAAGAGGGAGAAAGCGCAGGAAACGCGCGAUGAAACUGCCGUCCUUUGGCUGGAUGAAAUCCAGGGAGGCGUCCAUCAGUCGAACAGGGACACGGACGAGGCCCAGCGCUUUUCUUUAGGAAUUUUGGCCAUUAAUGAGGCUGUGGAUGAGGCUAAUGUCGGGAAAACCCUCAGCGCCCUGCGCUCUGCCGACGUGGGCCUUUAUGGUGUGACACCGGAGUGUGCAGACAUCUACCAGCAGGAGCUGGCAGAGGCCAAGAGAGCCAAACUGGCGGCAGGAGACAACGGCAGCGCCUGGGUGAAGCAUUGGGUGAAGGGCGGCUACCAUUACUACCACAACCUGCAGACCAAGGAGGGAGGCUGGGAGGAGCCCCAGGGAUUUGCCCAGAACAACACACAGCUUUCCCGGGAGGACAUCCAGAGUGCCAUCUCUUCCGUCACGGCCGCCUACAACCGGGAGCAGCUCUGGGUGGCCAACGAGAGCCUGAUCGUCCGGCUCCAGGCCAGCUGCCGGGGAUACCUGGUCCGCAAGGAGUUCAGCACCAGGAUGCAUUUCCUGAAGAAGCAGUUGCCUGCUAUCACCUGCAUCCAGUCUCAGUGGCGCGGCUACAAGCAACGAAAGGAAUAUCAGGAUCGCUUGAGGUUCUUGCAGGCGCACAAAGAUGAAGCAGUGAAGAUCCAAGCGAUGACCAGGAUGCAUCAGGCCCGAAAGCGCUACAGAGACCGCCUGCAGUACUUCCGGGACCAUAUCAAUGACAUUGUGAAAAUCCAGGCCUUUAUCCGUGCCAAUAAAGCCCGUGACGACUACAAAACUCUCAUCAAUGCUGUAGACCCUCCCAUGGCCGUGGUGCGGAAGUUUGUGCACCUGCUGGACCAGAGUGACCAGGACUUCCAAGAGGAGCUCGACCUGAUGAAGCUACGGGAGGAAGUGGUGACCCUGAUCCGCUCCAAUCAGCAGCUGGAGAACGAUCUCAACCUGAUGGACAUCAAGAUUGGGCUCUUGGUGCAAAACAAGAUCACCCUCCAGGACGUUGUGUCUCACAGCAAGAAGCUCACAAAGAAGAACAAAGAGCAGCUGUCGGACAUGAUGAUGCUGAACAAGCAGAGGGGCGGCCUGAAGGCCCUGAGCAAAGAGAAGAGGGAGAAGCUGGAGGCCUACCAGCACCUCUUCUACCUGCUGCAGACCAACCCGACGUACCUGGCAAAGCUGAUUUUCCAAAUGCCGCAGAACAAAUCCACCAAGUUCAUGGACUCGGUGAUCUUCACGCUUUAUAACUAUGCCUCCAACCAGAGGGAGGAGUACCUGCUCCUGCGCCUCUUCCAGACUGCGCUGCAGGAAGAGAUCAAGUCCAAAGUGGACCAGCUGCACGAGAUUGUGACUGGGAACCCCACUGUGAUCAAGAUGGUAGUGAGCUUCAACCGCGGGGCCCGGGGACAGAACGCCCUGCGGCAGAUGCUGGCGCCAGCGGUGAAGGAGAUCAUGGAGGACAAGUCCCUCAACAUCAAGACCGACCCGGUGGACAUCUACAAGGCGUGGGUCAACCAGAUGGAGUCGCAGACGGGGGAAGCCAGUAAGCUACCGUAUGACGUGACGCCGGAGCAGGCCCUGUCCCACGAGGAGGUCCGGACCCGCCUGGAUGUCUCCCUCAAGAACAUGCGGACCGUGACCGACAAGUUCCUUCUGGCCAUCAUCAGCUCCCUGGAGAAAAUCCCGUACGGGAUGCGCUUCAUUGCCAAAGUCCUGAAGGAUUCUCUGCAUGAAAAGUUCCCUGACGCCAGUGAGGACGAGUUACUGAAGAUUGUAGGCAACCUCCUCUACUAUCGGUACAUGAACCCGGCCAUCGUGGCUCCGGACGCCUUUGACAUCAUUGACAUGUCAGCCGGAGGGCAGCUGACCACCGACCAGCGGAGGAACCUGGGCUCCAUUGCCAAGAUGCUGCAACACGCGGCGUCCAACAAGAUGUUCCUGGGGGACAACGCCCACCUCAGCAUCAUCAACGAGUACCUGUCUCAGUCCUACCAAAAAUUCAGGCGUUUCUUCCAGGCAGCCUGCGAGGUCCCUGAACUGCAAGACAAGUUCAAUGUGGACGAGUACUCUGACUUGGUGACCCUGACGAAGCCCGUCAUUUACAUUUCCAUUGGAGAAAUCAUCAAUACGCACACACUGUUUUUGGACCAUCAAGACGCCAUUGCGCCCGAACACAACGACCCCAUUCACGAACUCCUGGAUGACUUGGGGGAAGUUCCCAGUAUUGAAUCCCUGAUAGGAGAGGGAUCUGGGGGCAUGAACGACCCGGGGAAGGAGAUGCUGGCCAAAACUGAAAUCUCCCUCACGUUGACUAACAAAUUCGAUGUCCCUGUGGACGAGAACGCAGAGAUGGAUGCCAAGACCAUUCUGCUGAACACCAAGCGCUUAAUCGUGGACGUGAUCCGCUUCCAGCCGGGAGAGACACUGGCGGAGAUCCUGGAGGUCCCAGCCAGCCGUGAGCAGGAAGCUGAGCACCAGAGAGCCAUGCAGAGGCGCGCCAUCCGGGACGCCCGUACCCCAGACAAGAUGAGAACCCCCCAGGCAGCGAAGGAGGACAGCAACCUGGGCCUCCAAGAGAAGAAGGAGAAGAUCCGGUCAGGGCUGAAGAAGCUGGUGGAGCUGGGCCUGGCCAAGCCCCAGAACGGAUACCAGGACCUGAUAAACGAUGUUGCCAAGGAUAUCCGGAACCAGCGCCGGUAUCGCCAGAGGAGGAAAGCAGAGCUGGUGAAGCUGCAGCAGACCCAGAGCGCGCUGAAUUCCAAAGCGACGUUUUACGGGGAACAGGUGGACUAUUACAAGAGCUACAUCAAGACCUGUUUGGACAACUUGGCCAGCAAGGGAAAAGUCUCCAAAAAGCCACGGGAAAUGAAAGGGAAAAAGAGCAAGAAGAUCUCCCUGAAGUACACGGCGGCACGGCUCCACGAAAAGGGGGUGCUCCUGGAGAUCGAGGACCUGCAGAGCAGCCAGUUUAAAAACGUGAUAUUUGAAAUUGCUCCAACAGAAGAAGUGGGGGACUUUGAGGUCAAAGCAAAGUUUAUGGGCGUUCAGAUGGAAACGUUCAUGCUGCAUUAUCAGGACCUGCUGCAGCUCCAGUACGAAGGGGUGGCCGUCAUGAAGCUCUUCGACCGGGCCAAAGUGAACGUCAACCUCCUCAUCUUCCUGCUCAACAAAAAGUUCUACGGGAAGUGAGCUCCCCUGCCGCUGCCUUUCGCUGCUACUGCUUCUUCGUCCAGGAGCCUCCUUCCCUCAUCCCUCCUCCUCCUCCCCCAAGAAGCCAAAGCCAAGACCUCUCCUCCUGAUGCUGAUGCUGCGGAUCAGGCCUUUGCACUGCUUGGCCUGUCUGUAUUGUUUCCCAUGUACUCCGCCCAUGGCGCUCACUCCAGAUUAAACAGUUAUUAUUCCUUU